GAACUUCUUGAACUUACCAACCUCUCUUUCAAGUAAGUGCCCAGAAUCGAUAUGGCCGUAUGUUGGUGAUGCUAGUUCAGUUCUGCUUCUUUUCUGGUUGAGGAUGCAUCGAAUAAGCCCGAAUUUCAAAGUGCAUGGUCGAGCUUCUUGACUUGCGUUCUGUGCCACAACAUACUUUUUUUUCCGUUGUUGAUACGUGGAAACUAUGCAUGUUAAAGCGGAUUCUCCUUUGCAUUGGAGCUCAGCAAUGAAACUAUGGAAGAUGGGGACAUAUUGCAAAUUAUCUAGACACAUCUUCUUAAGUUGGUUUCUGACCCAACCGUUCGACACAUUUCGCCGGCCUCUCUCCUUACGAACUCUCCGAAACAUCAAACGACUUUUUGCUGCUUGUCCUGGGCGCCGGGGCGGUGAGGCCUCGUUCGGAGUACUCCGGAAGGAUAAGUUGUAUUAUCCAGUUUGGUAGAUGAAUGAAAGCACAAAUGUUUCCUGUUUUAACUUUUAGCCAAACAAAAAAAACAAAAAAAUUUGUUUCCUGUUUUAACGUUAACGGUCGGGCAAAUAUUUCCUGUUUUGCAACGAAGUAAACUUCCUGUUUUAUCACACCCGUUAUACUCUAUAUAUAGAACUCUACUCUAAGUACGAAAUAAACACAGCUUUUCUUCCGUUCAUAUUCUCUCCUCUUCUCUUCUUGGUCUCUCAAAUUCCAAAGCCACCAUGUUCUCUCUUCAUAAGAUCCGCUUUCACGACGAUCAGAUCCACACGUGCUUCACCAACGACCCCCACGUCAUCACCCGCUGGAUCGGCGAUGUCGAGCGCGCCCACCUACUCUGGCUGAACCGGCUCGUCGUCGGGCUCGACAUAGAAUGGCGCCCGAACCUUGAGCCCGGUGUCGUCCAUCCGGUCGCGAUCCUGCAGCUAUGUGUCGGUCAUAGUUGCCUGAUCUUUCAAUUCCUCCACGCAGAAUGUGUCCCGGCGUCGCUCCAUGCGUUUCUCGCCAAUCUCCGCUACACGUUUGUCGGCGUCGGCAUCAAGGACGACGCGACGAAGCUGCGCGACGACUACGGGCUCGCCGUGUCGCGCAUGGUCGAUCUCCGCGCACUGGCGAUGGAGAGGUUGCGGAACCCAUCGUUUGGUCACAUGGGACUCAAGAAGUUGGUCAAAGUACUCCUCCGCAGAGAGCUCGAGAAGCCCAAGGAGAUCACGUUGAGCCGGUGGGACGACGAGGCGUUGACGGCCCGUCAAGUCGAGUACGCGUGCCUCGACGCUUUUGUCACGUUCGAGCUCGGAAUGGUUUUGCAAGCAUGGUUAGUGGGAAGAGCUCGCGUGGGUUGGUGUGCGAGGCCCGGCUGCGUGCCCAACAUGAUUUGCCCUAUUUCGUUCCGCCAAGUUCCCUCGUGAACCGGUGAAAUGUUUUUGUAAAUGUCGGACGACCGAUUAUGGCUUCUUUAGUUCCAAAUA